UUUGUGUUUUUUUUUCUUUUGACAUUGUUUGUGUUAAUUAAAUUUCAUCAUAUAUUUUCUGAUAUCUGGAACAGCUUCGUCAAUCUCUUUUAUGAAAUUAGUCUAACAUUUUUCUUUCCGAAGACAAGUCUAAAACUACAUUAUCAGUGUUUCGAUUUAUAUGGACUCAUAAACAUAAGAAAAAGAUAGUGCACAAAUAAGCAAACAGAAUAGGAAUAAAAAACGGAUUUAAAUCUUUUGUUUAUUCUAAUUUUUAAUCAUUUAAUUUAAUUUAUAAUAAAUAUAUUGGUAAAUUAAUAUAAGUGGCAGUGGUUGUAAUUACUCAUAAUUGUGUUAGUGAUAUUGUCAUUAACCAUUCAUUAAUUCUAGUAGGUACUGCUCAUUUCUUAAUGCGUAUCCAUGAAUAGCGUAUUUAAACAAUAUACGUACAUAGCCUAGCAUACAAUCACCUAUUCACCAAACCACUCAUAUCACUGCAUUUAUCGUAUUACCUCCUCCCAUUUCAAUCACUCUCGUACCAAGUACCAACCACACUCUCAUUGCAUUCAUCGUAUUACCUUCUCCCAUUUCAGUCACUUCACCCUUCGCCGAGGUCUUCUCUCGUAAGGUAUCACUUCUCCUUUCGUUUUAUGCUAGAUUUUUUUUUUGUUGAGUGAUCGAUCUCUUGGUCUAUUUCAUGUAAGAUGUCAUCUUUUGGGGGACAUGACGUGCCGGAUCAUGUUCCUCCAAAGAUUGUUUUCUUUUAUUGGGUCAGACUGAAUCAAAUAUCGGAUCCCCAACAAUUCUAGAUACUUCCUCUGUUUCUAAAUAAAUAUCACUUUGACAUUUUUCAUACAGAUUAAGAAAGUGACGGAUAUAUAUGUAGGUUUUAAUUAAUUUUCAGCUGAAAGUAAAUAUUAUUUUUCAUUGUAAUUGUAAAAUGAUAUUUUUUUGUAACAAGAAAAAAAAGAAGUUAAAAUGAUACUUAUUAUGAAACAUAUGGAGUAUUUUGUUCGACUAUGAUCUAGUUAUUGCUUAAUGACAUGCAGCAACAAAUAUUUCAUUGACUACCAUUUAUUUUGGUCAAACACAUUUUUUACAAGUUCUUAGAUUUUAUUCUGGUAUAAGUAGUUUAUUACAAUUUCUUAGAUUUUAUACUUAACACCAUUUUUAUUUUAUAGUAAAUUAUACCAAUUAUAAAAGAAAUAUCUUUAUAUUCAUUGUCUUUCCUUUUUUUUGGUAGAAUACUACAGAACAAAAUUGUCUUUCACACUAAAAGAAAACAACAAAAAUAUGUUUCCCUUUGGUUUAAGUAUUACCAAAAACAAUACAAUCAAAGUUUGCUAUUCUUUGACAUCAUAAUAUAUAUAUAUACAUAACAGAGCAUUCUUCUUGAAAACACAACAAAAACAAAAAGUGUAAAAAAGAAUUAGGAUGGCUCUUAUUAUGAAUCUCUUACCUCUUUUAUUCUUAGGAGCCUUAGUUCAUUCCAAUCAAAGUGUCGUGCCUCUCAUAUCCUUCAAGAUAGGUGAAAAUGUAACGUACGAUUGUAUAGAUAUUUUUAUGCAAUCAGGACUUGAUCAUCCCUUGCUCAAAAACCAUACAAUCCAGAUGAAACCAUCAGUUUCAAGGACUAAAUUAAAAAGUCAAAUUGGCAUAAACAAAGUACAAAAACAGAAAAUACCAUGUCCAGAUGAAACCAUUCCUGUAUUGAGAAAUACUAAAGAAUUCGUCACCAACGCUCAAGUUUUGGCCGAUAAGCAUUUCCAUCCGCUAACAGCUGAUAGUCCCGGAACACACAUUUCUGGAGUAAGGUCACACAAUGGUCCAUAUCGUGGUGUAGAAGCUUCGUUUGAAGUAGUAUCAGUAGACAUCGCAAAAGAUCAAGCCUCGUAUAGUCAAAUAUAUAUAGGCAGUGGAUCGAAUAAUGAGGUUAAUUUUAUCUCAGCGGGUUGGAUGGUAAAUCCAAGCUUGUUUGGUGACGGACGUACUUGGACAUAUGGAUUUUGGAAGGGUAAAGAUGGAAAAGGAUGUUACAAUAUGGCAUGCUCAGGGUUUGUUCAAGUAUCACAGAAGGUUCCCAUAUUUAAACCCAUUGGUUUUCGGGCAGGCGAGACUGUCUGGUUGCAUUACUCCAUCCAUCAGGACAAAAAUACUGGAAACUGGUGGCUUACAGAAGCACUGGGAUUAGGUGAACCUGGCGUCGAUCUUGGAUAUUGGCCAAAAGAGCUAUUUAACCUUUUAGACAAUGGUGCAAAUAUGGUUGGAGCUGGUGGUGUGGUUCAGGCUUCACGUUCUGGUUCAAGCCCUGAGAUGGGUAAUGGUCAAUUUCCGAAUGUUAAUCACCCCGAGAAUUCAGCACUUUUGACAAAUAUCGAAGUUUUGGAUUCCAGUUAUGAGCAACAUAAAAUGAAUUAUGUUCCUACAGAAGUGGUUCUAGAUAGUCCCAAAUGCUAUGGGCUAACAAUUGGUAAGAGAUUUAUAUUCCGACGUAAUCGAUACGGUUUCUAUUUAAAUUAUGGUGGUCCUGGAGGAAACUCCUGUGGAGUUUGAUAUUUUCAGUGUAAUAACUAAAUUUGAAAUUUAGUAAAUAAUAAUUAUAAAUUAAGAAAA